AUGUCCGCCCCGCCUUCCUGGCUUUUUUCCAACAACACCACUUCCUCCUCGUCGUCGACCGUCCCUGCCUCAGCAGCACCCUCUACCGAAACCAAAACCAAAAUGGCCGGCACCAAGAAGGUCGUUAAGUCGGGGGACAAGAGGAAGGCUGCCGCCCAGCCUUCCGCCCAGCUCCUCGCCGCUGUCGAGAAGUUCCUUACCGAGAACAACUUUGCCGACGCCGCCACCGAGUUCACCAAGCAGAUCACCAAGAACGGCUGGGAGAAGAAGUCCUCGGACGCUUCUCUCGCCUCCAUCUUCCAGACCUGGGAGGCCAAGCCCAAGCAGGCUGGUUCCACCAGCGGCGAUGAUAGCGACAGCGAUGACGAGAGCAGCAGCUCCAGCGAGUCCGAGUCUUCGGACAGCGACAGCGAUAGCGACAGUGAAGACGAGAAGAUGAAGGAGGCCCCCGCCAAGAAGGCCGAGUCCUCUAGCUCCAACAGUAGCGACUCUUCCAGCGACUCUUCCAGCGACAGCUCUAGCGAUUCCAGCUCCAGCGAGGAUGAGGCCAAGAAGCCCGAGACCAAGGCUGCCGCCCCCAUUGCCGCCGCCAACCCUCUGAAGCGCAAGGCCGAGUCCAGCUCCGAGAGCUCUUCGUCCGAUUCUUCCUCCAGCGACUCUUCCAGCUCUGAGGACGAGGCUCCCAAGGCCAAGAAGCAGAAGGUCGCCGAGUCUUCCUCCUCCUCUUCCGAGUCCUCUUCUGACUCUUCCUCCGACUCUUCCUCUUCCGAAUCCGAGGACGACAAGAAGAAGCCCGCUGCUAAGGCCGCCUCUUCCAAGAAGACUGCUUCCCCCAAGAAGGCCACUCCCGCCAAGAAGGAGGAGUCCUCUGACUCUUCCUCUUCCGACUCUUCUUCCGACUCGAGCUCCGACUCUUCCUCGUCCGACUCUUCUUCCGAUUCCUCCUCCGAUUCGGAUUCCUCCAGCGAUUCUGACUCUUCGGACUCUUCCUCCGAUUCCGACUCCAGCUCUGACUCUGACUCCGACUCUUCUGAGUCCGAGGCCGAGAAGAAGACUGAGAAGAAGGAGGUUAAGAAGGCUGCCAAGUCUGACAGCUCCUCCAGCGACAGCUCCUCCAGCGACAGCUCCUCCAGCGACAGCUCCUCCAGCGAUUCUUCCUCCGACUCUGACUCUUCCUCCGAGUCCGAGGAUGAGAAGAAGACCGACAACAAGAAGGCGGCCUCGACCAAUGGUUCCGAUUCCUCUGCUACGCUCAAGGAUUCCACCGAGUCUACCCCCGUCCCUACCGGCGAAGAGAAGGCCAACAACCGCGGCAAGGCCAGCGUUCCCCCUGCCAAGAAGGAGAUCCAGCCCUUCUCGCGCGUGCGCAAGGACGUCGUCGUCGACCCGCGUCUCGCUAGCAACGCUUUCGCCGGUCACGCCUGGGGCCAGAAAGCGCACGAGGAUCUGAUCGUCACCAGAGGCAAGGGCUUCACCAAGGAGAAGAACAAGAAGAAGAGGGGCAGCUACCGGGGCGGACCCAUUGACACCACUGCUGUUGGUAGCAUCAAGUUCGAUGACUAA